AUGCCCGACACGAACGUCUUUUUGUUUUACCCAAAUCUCAUCGGAUAUGCGCGAAUCGUUCUCGCGAUAUGGGCGUUUUGGGUGAUGAAUCAUGCGCCAUUACAGGCAGUUUUUCUUUAUGGCCUUUCGGCGGCACUCGAUGCUUUUGAUGGAUGGGCAGCUAGAACGUACAAUCAAAGUUCCCGUUUCGGCGCAAUGCUCGAUCAGCUGACAGACCGAUGUGCUUUAUUGGCCAUUAACAUGUCGUUGUGCGUUUUCUAUCCGAGUUCGGCUUUUUGGUUUCAAAUGAGCGCCGUUAUCGAUAUUGCUAGCCACUGGCUGCAUUUACACGCAACGGAUUUGACGAGAAAGGCUUCCCACAAACAAAGCAGUAAUCCGAUUCUUCAUCUCUAUUACACCGAUCGCUUGUUCUUGGGAUUCAUGUGCGGAGCGAAUGAGGCGUUCUACAUGUUAAUGUAUCUACGUGCAUGGUAUCCAGGACCGUCAAUUCUGGGAGUUCACUUGAUGUCCAUUUUCUGCGUUCUUGCUUUUCCAUUUGCAUUCGUGAAGGCUGGAAUCUCGCUAAUUCAUUUGGCAACGGCGGCGCAAACAGUCGUUGAUCAUGAUGUCGCCACAAUUCUUGGCCAGAGUCAAGUGAAGUCGAAC